CCGGCUGGUCGUGGUUUGAACGUGCGGAUUGCCGUCUCAUGUGAAUUAGUUGUUGAUGUCAGCUGCAGUCGCGAAGGCGGACGGGUGGUGCGCGGUGGUCGCGGGGUGCGCGGCGCUCGUGGCCCUGGGGACGCUGGCGACCCCAUCCCCUGUCUCCGACACCAGCGAGGAGCUGCGCCAGGCGCUCGUCCUCGUUGAUAUUCUCAGAUCCGGCAUGGCAAGGCGUAGGACGACCGGGAGCCUCGUAGCGCCGGCGACAGCCGCUUUGCCAGGUGACGGCGCGCCCUGGCCCGGCCCGUACUAUUCAUACGAUGCACCUUUUAGACGAUUCCAUGGCCCGGGCGGUGGGCGCAGUGGUCGUCAGUUGCAGUACGAAGACUCCUUCGGGGCCCACCCAGGCGAAAAUAAUGCUUUUACAAGCGCAUCGGCAACGAGCAAAGUUCCCGAAGAACAGUCGAGUCCUAUAAAUUGGACAGAGACGAGUGAGCCCCUCGCGACUGAAUCUGCCGGCGUCGCUGUGUCGGCUGGAGCCUCUGCGGCCACAGCCGUGCCAACUGCGGUUUCCGCGGCACAUGCACUGGCAAACAUUAUCACCACGAGCCCCCGCGCACUUCAAAACUCCGUGCCACAAAGCACCUCCCCCGCUGCAACCACUGCGCACGGAAUACAAAAACUGAACUAUUUAAAAGAAGAUAGGUUUCGGUGGAAACUUCCCAAUGAGGAAAUAAAGAAAGUGAGGCAAAGCGAGGAGCACAUAGAGAUGUCGCAGGCGGCCGAGGAGCUGCAGCGCGAAGCGACAGCGGGCGGGCAGCGCGGCGGCGGCGCGGCUCCACCGUGGCGGCCACGUGGUACCACCCGGGUGCACCUGGCGCGCAGCUCCGCAUUGCCGCGGCCGCUGCCCGAGAACAACGCCUUCUGUCACGCCAGCCCCCGCAGUCCCCUCUGCCGCACUUUUAUUUAAAGGACGAUCGCUGCCAACGUGGUCCUCGUAAGCGACCUCGCUGUCGAUUCUUUGAGAAAGCAGUCUCGCAACAGUGGGCACUCGUAGUUAGUACGAUUUAUGUAUUUCCAGCGAUUAAG